AGAAAAUAAACAAAAUGGAAAUAUUAAUAGAGGAAGAUAAAAUAAGGACAGUGUCAUAUUUUUUCUGAAAAAAAUAUAUACAUUAUUUUGAUUUAUUAAUUUGAAACACUUAGGAAUGUAUUUUCUAUGUUUUCUUUAUCCAACCCAAUAAGGAAAUUGCCAAGAUAAAUGUCAUAGCAUGCUCUAAUUUAACACAUGGGAUCAGAUGAAUGAAAAUCAUAUUCUCUGUGUGCUGCUCAAACAGAAUCUCUUACAGCUGGGAAACAAAAAGAAAAAAAAAGGUUUUCUUCUGGAAAUGAAUCAGAAGACACACCAUAAUUCGGUAGCCAGAAUAUAAUUCAACUGAGCUAGGUAUUUAAAAAAACUUCAAAAAUCUAACAUAUAAACAUUAAGGGGAGACAACAUACUUUACAAAAGCUAGACGAGAAAAGGUCCCAGUCUGUGUUGAUGCUUACAGCUGAAAUAUGCAGUAGGAAGGACCAAUGAGCUGGAGCUAAAGAUCACAGCAGAUGCAAGUUACAAGUAGUGAAGCAGUGUGUUCAAAUAAUUAAACAGCUGCACAUUCUACUAAAGAUUUGGAAAUAUGCAUUUACAAACAAGCAUUCUUUUGCUACUGGUCUCUCCAAAUUUUGUAUACACAUCAGACUAUUAUCCAGAAAGGCAUGUAAAGCAAUCCAGCAUGAAAGGGCCGCCACCUUUCCUUCCACUUAAUACAAAAAGUCAAGUCAUUCCAAGAGUACCAGAGCAGGGCCCACCAGGACCCCAAGGGCCUGCUGGUCCAAGAGGGCUGCCUGGACCCCCAGGGCCUCAAGGAAAGCCAGGGUAUGGAAUCCCUGGUUCACAAGGAGCACAAGGAGUGCCAGGGCCACCAGGAUAUUCAUCUAUCGGAAAACUAGGAUUUCCAGGCAUACCAGGAAAGCAAGGAGAAUCUGGAAAAACAGGGGAAAAGGGGGACAUUGGGCCAAUUGGACUUCCUGGUCCAAGAGGACAGCAGGGACCACCAGGAAUCCCAGGUCCGACUGGAAUUUCUGCAGCUGGAAUCCCAGGUCCAAAGGGAACAGUGGGGCCACCAGGGCCAAGAGGCAUGCCUGGAUUUAAAGGUGAACCUGGUAUGCCUGGCAUCAAUGGACUUAAGGGACAAAAUGGUUAUGGGGUUCCAGGUAAUCCAGGAGAAAGAGGAAUUCCUGGGUUACCAGGAGCACCAGGGCCUCAAGGUCUUACUGGGAUAGGUAAGCAUGGGAUAAAUGGGCUUCGAGGCCAGCCAGGAAAACUAGGUGAACAAGGCUUGCCGGGUGAACAAGGACCACAGGGUAUUCCAGGUCCCCAGGGCCCUUCUGGACAACCAGGACCACCAGGAGUUGGAAAGCCAGGCUCAAAUGGUAUCCCUGGAAUGAUUGGCCCUCCAGGGCCCAAAGGACUACCAGGACUCCCAGGAAUGCCAGGCCCUCAAGGCUUGCCAGGCUUUGGCAAGCCAGGAAUGCCAGGGUUAAAAGGGCACAGAGGACUUGAUGGAGCACCUGGUAUACCUGGAUUAAAAGGAGAACAGGGUUCUGAUGGUUAUCCAGGGCCAUCUGGGUUACCUGGCCAGAUAGGAAUUCAAGGUAUACAAGGACCUAGAGGGACACCAGGAGAACCUGGUCUGCCUGGACAUACAGGUGAUGUUGGACCAAAAGGUUCUGCAGGCAUUCCAGGACCAAAAGGUGAAAUAGGUAUACCUGGAUUAGAUGGAAAACCAGGAUUUCCAGGUGAACCAGGUCUUACUGGCCUCAAGGGUCACCCAGGCAUACCUGGUCAAAAAGGAGAGAAAGGCAUUGUGGGGCCUCCUGGUCUGCCAGGAAUUCCUGGUCAUUUAGGGCCUCGAGGAGAAACAGGCUAUAUUGGUGAACAAGGACCAAGAGGAGCCACAGGCAUACCAGGUAUGAGGGGAUCAACAGGACAUCCAGGUAUACCAGGUCUUCCAGGUCAAAAGGGGGAACCAGGGGCUCCAGGAAUACCAGGCCAAACUGGCAUUGCAGUAAAGGGAAUGCAAGGACCAAUGGGCCACCCUGGAAUUCCAGGCCAAAGAGGAAUGAAUGGAGAGCCAGGUAUACCUGGGCCACCCGGUCCACCCGGUGAGCAUGGCCAGGUUAUAAUGCCACAUUUCAUGCCAGAUGGCUAUGCAAAAGCUGGUCAAGUUCAGAGUCUUAGAGAGGUUCAGGUAUCGGCAUUUACUGCUAUUCUAACUAAAGCAUAUCCAUCAGUGGGAAUACCUAUAAAAUUUGACAGAAUUCUGUACAACAAACAAAAUCAUUAUGACUCUAGAACUGGAAUAUUUACAUGUCAAUUACCAGGACUUUAUUAUUUUUCCUACCAUGUACAUGUCAAAGGCACAAAUCUUUGGGUUGCAUUGUACAAAAAUGGCAAUCCAAUUAUGUACACUUAUGAUGAAUAUAAGAAAGGGUACCUUGACCAAGCAUCAGGCAGUGCUGUUAUAGACUUAGCUGAGAAUGAUCAAGUAUGGCUUCAGAUACCAAAUGCAGAAUCCAAUGGUUUAUAUUCAUCAGACUAUAUACAUUCAUCUUUUUCAGGAUUUUUGUUUGGUUUAACAUGAUAACACAAUAUGUAAUGCAAUUUACAUUCUUAUGUCCUUUUAGAUUUUUUUAACUGAAAAAGAAAACUUGUUUUAAAAAAAAUUGUUAUAUUUUGUUUUAAGUUGCAUGCAUUUUAGAACUACUUGAACUCUGAAUUUUUCAAGGCUGUUGCCAAAAUCUGAAUCUCCGCUUCCAAAUGUUUAUUUUAUUCCAUUUAACUGUUCAAUAUAAUUUGUUAGGGUGCGUUUUCUUGUAAGUCUGUGGGGCUAAUUAAGUAAAAUAUGGGCAAAUUUGUAUCAGUGCAGUUGCUCAAAGAAAUCAAGCAGUUUAGUAUUUUUCUUGUUAUAGACAGAUCCAGAUUGCUGAGUGCAAAACACCUUU